AUAUUUUCUUUUCAUCACAAAGUUUUAAUAUUACCGAGCUACAAAUCCUUUAAUCUGUAUUUGACAUACGUGAAGGUCGAGAGCCCUUACCACGGAACUAUGACGGGUGUUGAGGCCCUAUCUCGAGCGCUGAUAGUUAAAUUUAUUCUGCGAUACCAGUCUUUCCUGCCGUUAUGUAUAAUACGCUUCACACUUCAGAAAUGCUCGCACAUAAUGACAGGCUGCCCGCGAACUAACGCCACCGUAUAGAUACACGAAAUUCUCCAGUACAGAGAGCUCGCAGUAUGUCUGCCGACCGACCCCGUCAAUUCAUCAGCUACCUAUAACUUGCUGAACUACAUACGGCACUUACCGGGAUCUCACAUACCGAAAUAUUCUCAUUUACAAAAUUUUCGCAUUAGGAAUACUUGUGAUUCUCCGGGAUAUCUGAAUAUUUUGAGAUACUUUGAUCAUUUCUGGAUUUAAUUACUAAAUCAUAUUUUUACCUGUGAUAUAUUUUUUGUGAUGUGAUUAUUCGAGAGGGUUGAUGUGAAAUAUUGAUAUAUAUAUAUAUGUACAUAAUAUAAGCUAUUAUAACUAAGAGGUACCCUGACAUAGGCGCGUGUGAUGCACGAUCUAAGAUUUAAGGACAAAACCAUGAAUGGAUCUCGAUACCGUAGCAACGGAAGUGACAGCAAAGACAGUGUUUUCAAGGUGGUUUUGCUUGGAUGCCCUGGAGUUGGAAAGACAGCUCUUACGGUGCGCUUUCUGACGAAGCGGUUCAUUGGAGAAUAUUGCCCAACUCUAGAAAGUAUUUAUAAAUAUCGGACGAACUUUGACGACGAUGAGGUCAAGAUGGAGAUUCUAGACACAGCUGGUCAGAUGGAAGAAGGAUGGAAGGACGGAUACGCAUUGUGGGGGGACUGUUUUGUGUUUGUGUAUUCAAUAACGGACAAAGACAGUUUUGACGAGGUCAUUAACAUCAAAAGACAAGUCGAGAAUGUGCGUCAUUCCACCGCCAUCAGUGGUAUCCUGGUUGGCAACAAGUCAGACUUGCUUCACGACCGUCAAGUUCCGGUCAAUCAUGGCAUGGAAUUGGCGGACGAAAUUGGCUGUAAAUUCUACGAAGUAUCCGCCGCUGACUGGACACAAGUUUCCGUGAUCACAGAUAUGUUCCAGGACUUAUUUCGAGAGUGCAGGCGAGCUAAAAACGCGCGUGAGGGACGUCAGAGGAAGGCGAGUUCGUCCCUUCGUUUCAAACAAGCUAUACAAAAAGUUAUUUCCGGGAAGACCCCCGCUCGACGAACACUCAGUGCGUGAUUGGUGCGGGUUGAUGUUUUUAUGUGAUAUUCAUUUAAUUCCAUGGAUUUUAUUUAAAUUAUUCGACAUUUUGAAGGAUAAUUCUGCCCAAUAUAUCCAGAUUAAAAACAACAUUGAUGUCUUACUACGCAUGAGCAGCGCCCGCUUCCGGUCUGACAUAACCCGCCAGACAUUUGGCAACAUCUUAUACAGAAAUCGCAGAAUUCGUUUUAAGCUUCCUUUUUACUCCGGCAUGAAGCUUUCCAGAGUGCUGGUGUACUGUAGAGGACGGCUAUUCUCAACAACGUGAUCUGUUUAUCUUACGGAAGGCAUUAUUCACAAGCUUUCAGGAAUAUAUAAAGAAAUCUAAAACUAAUGUAUUUUUUAAUCUGGAUCAUGAGACGUACAACGAACUCGUCUUGCACGUGAAGCGCACGAGAUAAUGCGUAAUUUUACACGCGCUAUCCACGACUUCAUUAGUGUUUCGUUUUGUAUACGGGUUACCAAGAGUGAAAAGAAUAAUCUAUAGCAGAAGUUGGAUGUUGGAAUUCGGCUUUGAAGUCAAAUUAUGUGAAUGUAUCGUGUUUAAGGACGUAUUCAACCUGUAACUUACACACCUCCAUACACAGAAGAGUUGAGCAAUUUAGGAAAUUCCUGUCAAAUACUUUUAUAAAUCAUGGUUAUUCGGAUUGCUUUUGCAAGGGUUAUAAUAUACACAAUGACUUAUCGAAUUGUUCUUUGAAGGGAGUUAACUCUGAUACUAUUUAAGUAUGGAAUUAUAUGGUAGCAUAUACCCUUAACUGAAACACGGACGAGACAUUGGACGCAUCUUAGAUGCGUCCCACAGUAUACAUGGCUGUUGGUGUCUAUAGAAUGUAAAGUGUUCGGACGAACAAUGACUACCAAGUCUUUCAUGGAAAGUAGAUCGUCUGGAAGAAUACAUUUCAUUUCAAAUCCCAUUUGUGAGACGCAGUUCAAAACAAAUACCAGUCGGGUUUUGUGGACCUUUGUGAGACUUUAACAAAAACGACAGUGUAUCCGGAAAUGGGAAUCAGUAUAUAAAACGGACGUCACGUCUAGAGCUUCAAUCUGUGCCUCGUUUUGGGGUUGAAGCGGAAGUCUAAUAGCGUAACGAAUCAGACUAUGAAAAAUGGUCAAAUAAAAGCCAUAAUUAUUUAUUUGGAGAAAAAUAUUAAUUGUCAGACAGAAUUGCUGAUUCAGCGAUUGCGAAUAAGUAUGCUGGAACAAACCGCCCUUGAGACGACCUUUACGGUGAACAUGUGAUACUUUUUUGUGAGAGAGUUGAUGAUUAAAAUUAAUUAACAAGC